AUGGGCAGAAAAGCCAAAUACGACGAGAAACAGAAGAAGGGUAAAGGCAGGAAAUCGAGAGUUCAACCAGCUCCGCAAUUGCCCAAGCAACUGAAAGCGAAAGAGGAUGCGAAGAAGCUAUCUCGGAAUCAAGUCAAACGACUCAAGAAACGCCAACUCAAAAGCUCGUCGAAGACGGAUCAAGCGAAACAGAAACGGAGCCCCGAGGAGGCGAACUCCAUUGACGACAGGGAAGACGGUGCGCAGUCGAGCGAUGACGCGUCCGGUAUGGAUUUCGAGAACGAUUCUCCUCGGAAAGGAUUCACGGACGAAAACGACUCGUGGCUCAAACCCAAGCAAACGUCGAAGAGAGCUCUCUUCGAUGACGAUGCGGACGACGAUGGCGUCAUGGAUGACGAUUUCGACGAGGACUCGAGGGAUCCGGGCAGCGAGGCUUCGUUGGAAGAUGAGGGAACGAUGAGAAUAGAGAAACAAUCGAAGAAGAUUCUGGAACGUCGUCGGGAAGACAAGGAACUAGAAGAAGAUGAGCUCCGUGAUCAAGCGGAUGAGCAGCAGAAACAAAAAUUUUCGGACUACUUCCGCCUUCCAUCAGAGAGCGAAUUAGAAAACGAGAAGGAGGUUCCCCUCUCCGUUCAAGCUGUCCACCAGAGAAUCAAGGAUAUACUCCAUGUCCUUGCGGAUUUCAGCAAACGGAAAGAGGCGAGUCGUUGCAGGCAGGACUAUGUUCGUCAGCUGAUACUCGACUUGUGCUCAUACUAUUCAUACAAUGCGUUCCUGAUGGAGCGCUUGUUCUACCUGUUUUCGCCGACUGAGCUUUCCGAGUACUUGGAAGCGAAUCAAGUCCCACGUCCGCUCACCAUCAGAACGAACACCCUAAAGACUCGAAGACGUGAGUUGGCUCAAGCGUUAUUGAACCGCGGCGUGAAUCUUGACCCGAUCGGAGAGUGGUCGAAGGUCGGGCUGGUGAUCUAUAACUCGCAGGUUCCUAUCGGGGCAACUCCGGAAUAUCUCUCUGGACACUACAUGCUCCAAGGUGCUGCCUCGAUGUUGCCCGUCAUGGCCCUCGACCCUAAAGAGAACGAGAAAAUACUCGAUCUCUGUGCCGCUCCGGGCGGGAAAACAUCCCACAUUGGCGCCCUGAUGAAAAACACCGGGGUUCUAUUUGCCAAUGACUCACAACCUGACAGGUGUAAGGCUGUCAUCGCGAACCUCCAUCGUCUCGGCGUUACGAAUGCUGUCGUGAGCACGAUGGAUGGUCGGAAAUUCACGAAGGUGAUGACGGGUUUUGAUCGUGUACUCGUGGACGCUCCCUGCUCUGGCUCGGGGGUGGUCUCCAAAGACGAGCACGUGAAAACUUCGAAGGACGAGAAAGACAUCCUGCGAUGCUCUCAUCUCCAGAAAGAAUUGUUAUUGGCUGCUAUUGACUGCGUCGACUCCAAUUCGUCGGCCGGAUUCGUGGUUUAUUCAACAUGUUCUGUUCUGCCGGAAGAAAACGAGUGCGUCAUUGACUACGCGCUGAAACAUCGACACGUGGAGAUCGUUGAUUCAAGCUUGAAGUUCGGCCGAGAGGGCCUCCCUCGAUAUCGGGAGCACAGAUUCAACCCCAAUAUGAAUCUAGCUAGACGAUUUUAUCCUCAUACCCAUAACAUGGAAGGGUUCUUCGUUUGCAAGCUGAAAAAACUUGCCAACGGCAAUGCAAAUAACGAUGGGAAAGGUGGAGAGAAAUAAAAGAAGCCUGAUAUUGCGAGACAACU